GUCUCGCGAAACCUGGGUGAGCGUGGUACUUAAAAUAUUUAUGUUUUUAUGUACCUUGCUCGUUGUCGCAGGGCGUGUGCCCGCUAGUUUUUCUGGGUUCUGAUCCGGGAAGAAGAUAAAUAUAUGGAGAGCUCAUGUUUUUUGGUAUCUCGUAUCUAGGCCAACAAAAUCAUCCGCAUUCUUCUACUUGAAAUCAUCAGCUUACUUAUGUUGGCUCCUGACCUACCCAUUGUAUCUGCUUUUCAAGGUUCCAUUUUCCAAGAGAAUUUCAAAGAAAGAAACGCGUUCUGCGUUUUUAGUUUCUGGCAGUGCUAGUAUGAAAAUAUCCAAAGUAAUUUGUUACCCACAAAUUCUUUAACAGCAAUUUUCUAGGGUCAGGCAAUAGUUGUGUUAGUCCAAAUUUUAGUGUCUUCUAGGUAUGGUUAUAACAGAAACAGCAUUUGGCUUUUAUAACCAAGCAGGCUGUUUACUUCGUUGAUAUUCGUGCACUUUUGUCGAUAGUUUCUUAUGAUAUUCUACGUUUUCAAAACAAUCGAUUGCCUUGUCAGCGUGCCUUGUAAAAUAUAUCUGUUUUUCUUUAUGUAAUAAAUAUGUCAAAGCACGGCAUUCGUAGAUUCUGCAAGCAACUCUUGCAUCCCAAGCCCCGUUCCCCUCUUUAUAUUAGUAACAAUCUGAUGAUAUCUGCAGUCUUGUCUUUCAUGUUUGACAUUAGGACUUUCUCUCAAAAUGUUCUUACGUACCAACAAACGUAAUUAGACUGUAACUUUGCAUCAAUUAUGAAUUCUUUUGCGCCUGAAAAGUUUAUUAUACUUGCAUUCUGCUUGUUGAUUUUGACUGGGCCGAGCAACGAUAUUUGUUGCUUCUGACAUGGCUAUGUUUUGAUAAUAAGUGGAAAAGGUCAAAUGACUUUGGUCACUGCAAGCCAUCUGCAAUCGAAUUGUGCACAGUUCGAGAGCGCGAUGACCCGACGAAAUGCGAAUAAAUUCGGAGCGAUGUUACUUUGUUGCCUUUCGGUAUACUGCACUGUAUACCGCGCAUAGCUCGUACUUGUACGGCUGCUUGAGUGCAUAAGUGACUCAUGAAAACAAGAUUUCAUUGCAAAGAUCAGCUGAUUUCUGGGUUCAACUACAGCUACAAUAAAAGGUCAAUACAGCUUAACGGAAAUCUCACCCGAGAAUAUGGAAAAUUCAUAUCACCACUCUGAGAAUGGGAACAAAUUUCGUCAAAGGCUCAAGAGUGCAAUACCAGGUGGUAAGGACAGAAAGCGUGCAAUGUCUAAGUUUGUUGGAAAGAGGCUGCCAAUCACUAAGUGGAUUCGAAGGUGCAACAAAACGAGUCUUUAUUAUGACGUAAUCGCUGGCAUCACUGUUGGCUUGAUGUUAGUACCCCAAAGUUUAGCAUAUUCAGCGUUAGCGGGCCUGUCUCCAGAAUACGGCCUGUAUUCAUCAUAUUGCGGCGUUCUAGUAUAUUUCAUCUUUGGCACUUCAAAGGAUCUUCAAACCGGGCCAGCUGCUUUGGUUGCAAUGUUAGUUGACAAAUUCACCAUGGACGGCGAGCAGAAGGUUAUGUAUGCCACUUCGUUGGCCCUUUUUUCGGGAAUAACGUUAAUUGUCAUGUCAGUGUUUCGACUGCAGUUUUUAAUCAAUUUCAUCUCUGUGCCAGUAUUGGCGGGUUUCACCUCCGCAGCUGCAAUCAAGAUUGGAGUAUCUCAACUAAAGGGAAUGUUUGGCCUCUCCAUUCCACGUGGGCACUUCUUCCACACAGUCUAUAACAAUUUUGCCAACUUGAAGCAAGCGAGAGUAGCUGAUUCGUUGCUGGGUUUUGCAUGUCUCAUAAUGUUCAUUGCUUUGCGACGAGUUGGAGCUUGGAAUAUGGGGAGAAAAGUUAAGAAAGGUUGGCCCGCCACAUCGAAGAAAAUUAUUUGGUUCGUCUGCAGCGCUCGGUUUACCCUUGCCGUUUUAUUCACUACUGUCUCAGCGCAAAUACUGUAUGAAAGAUUUGAGAUGCAAGAUGUUUUCACACUUGCCGGAGAUAUGGCAUCCGGCAUACCGCCACCAAAGGUCCCUUUGGCUGACGUAAUGUCCAACGGAACUGUGUUGUGGAGCAAGUUUCAGGUGGUGCAACACCUAGGCAUCGGUUGCGUGAUUACGCCUUUGGUGGCUUUCCUCGAAACAAUUGCGGUUGCGAAGACGCUUUCCAGGAAAAACAACUAUAAGAUUGACGUAACCCAGGAACUGUUUUCUCUUGGCAUUGUAAAUGUAUUCGGGUCGUUCUUCUCUGCUUUCCCGGUGGCCGGAAGCUUUAGCCGAAGCGCAUUGAAUUCGCAAUGCUCUGUCAAAACCCAGCUUGGAGGUUUCUUCACUGGUGUUGUUGUGUUGCUGGCAGCAUCUUUCAUGACACCUUGGUUCAAAUACAUACCAAAAGCGACUUUAUCAGCAAUGAUCAUUGCAGCAGUAAUCCCUUUGUUUGAGUACCACAUCGUCCCAAUAUUAUGGAAGACAAAAAAGAUAGACAUCAUUCCUAUGGCAGUUACUUUUUUUGUAUGCUUCUACGAGACCGAGUUCGGGAUUUUAGCCGGAGUUGCAGUUGCAUUAUGCAUUUACAUCUAUGAAAGCAUUCAACUGCAUUUGUCCCAGGAACAAGACGAUGCGACUGUUUUUUUUAGCAUAGGUUCACAGGCUGUUGGAUACCCUAAUAUAGAUCAGCUAAUUAGCAGGUUGGAAAAGGUCGUCAGAAGCAAAAAGUCAAAACCAUCGGUGAUUGUUUUGGAAAUGGAGAAUGUGACCCGUGUCGAUUCAACAGCAGCAACAGCUUUAAAACAGUUUUGUCUGUCCGUGAAAACCAGUGAUAUCAAUGCUCCAAAAAUUGUGUUCCGCAAAUUGCAAGACAGACCAAAAAGAGCCCUUUCCAAAAUGGGCAUAGAGAUCGAGGAAGACUUGGAGUUGAUGGAAAUAGAAGCAGGGACAAAUGAGCAAAAAGCGUGCGAGUUCGAGGCCUGUGAUGCAAACGAAGUCAGAGAACCACUCUACCCGAAUUUACAAAGUUUAUCUGAAAACAGAAACGAAGUGUAGCAGCAAUAGAGAAAGAGACAACUCAAGAAGACGAUUUUUUUUUUAAAAUUAUUACAUAUUGUGAAACAUAUCUUGUUCUGCUAAUUUUAAAACUCACAGUACUUUGAUUAUACGAACAAAGAGCGCAGCUUACAACAUAUAAGUUGGUAUUUUGACUGGCAUAGCGCCUAGUUUUUGUAGACAUCUGAUUUAUAUGUUGUUAACUUAAUGGCUAAGCAACCUUUUGUUCAAUAGUUAAAUCUGCCCAUGGCUUCGUACGGAUAUGCGUGUCUUUGUGUUAGUCAAAAUAGGCAGAGAGUCCUGUUUUCAAAAAAGCCUAUUUUGGUCUAUUUUAAUUCUUUCCCAGUUUUAACCGUCACAUUAUAAAUUUAAAAGCAAAACUGAAAAAUGAUUGACAAAAACCACUUCUUGUUACCAAUCUUAUUGACUUGUGAUUGCUGCUAAGUCCUAAAGGAAUUUCCCAAAGAGCCCUUAUAUGGGGCGAUGUUCCACCUGCCUUCAUCGUUUUGCACCCCACAACUAUCAUUCUUUUUCGGCAAAAAUACCCUUUCAUGAGGGAAAAACUAUUCCAUCUAUGAGGCUUGUAUGUAGAAACAUUCGUAUCACGAUAUGAUUGAGAUUGAAUCUAAAACCGUCUAGUUAUGAUUAAAUGAACAAUUAUAUUAAAGUUCAUUGCAUGUAUUUAAUCUCUCUUUGAUAAAAAAAAUGUGAUUACAAACUGUCUAUGCUUCAGAUAUGUUAGUAAUAAAGUUCUAAAAAGAAUUUAUCAUCAAGAAAAGACAAUAUGAAAGGGAAAUCUAUAUCCUUUCUGGUUAAUAAACAGGUUGCAGUAUAUGUGUUUAAGUUAACAUUUACGAAUCAAAAGUUUUAAAUGCUCUAAUAACUUUUCUGUUAUAAAUCUUUGUUAGCAUUCUAGUUUUUGAUAUUAUGUUUCAUCGAA